GCAUUCGAUACGAAUUCCUUGCAGUACACCUGCAGUACACAAAAGACAAAACAAAACAAUGCUACAUCGAUGGGUGCUUUGUCUUCGUAUCUGGAAGUGACGUGAAUAUUUCAAUCGGACAAUGUCGAUGUAUACAUAGUUGCAAAGUUUGAUGCUCCGCGGCGUCACGGCACUAUUGACUCGACGAAGGCUAUUCUGUCUCUGAGAAGGUAUACAUAAACUCCAAGGUAAAUCAAGAAGAAUAUCUCCAACAUCGUACUUGCUUCCUUCAUCCGACACCACACUACCAUUUUAUCAAUGUCAAGUAACGUGAUAGGCAGACCUUCCGCACGCCAAACUGAAGAGAUGAUAAUGCGCCAAGCAUUCAGAUCUACGGUCUCGCGACUUUGGCCCCAUAUCCACGUCCUUCACCAAACAGAGUGUAUGGCUUAUGCAGUUAGUGGGAUCACCAGCUUCGCCUUCGCCGUGGUCGCUGCAGAUCUUGCUCCUCUCGGGUCUCCUCUCUCACGCGACAUUUUAGAUACUUUGCUUUCGAUACGACCCCGAGAGCAAAUGCUAUUUUCUCUGAACCAUACUAUGGCACGAUAUGUAGGAUUGUUUUUGGGACUUCGAGGCACGGAUCUUGAACAAUUUACAUCUCCCUAUAACUCACGCCACUUCUUGAAUUUUCGGGAGGCAAGCUUGCCAACCCUUGUUGUAAAACUUGACACUGCAUGUGCAAGUCACAAUAUGCGUCGUCCCUUUUGCAGACUACCCCCGGAGCUCAUUUCAACGAUCAUCAAUUUGUGUCUUGAUCUCGACCCGUUGACCGUGCCAUAUAGCGCAUUGGGUAGCCUCGACCAGAAUUGGAAAUUGCCAAUAUCCUCAAAGCCUCCCUGGUACCCGUUUUCGAAAGUUUGCAGAGUAGUGAGGAAUGCAGUUCUGGGCGACUCGAUGCUGUGGGGCAAGCAUGUCAUGGUGAUUUACUCACAACGGUCUUUCCAAGGCAUUCAGAGCAUGGUUGAAUUUGCUAACCGUCGGCUUCAAGCGGGGAAGCCAGUGGACUUGGAGUUUACGGUUCCUGAUGACAAGAUGAGGGAAAAGUUGACACUCAAAGCUCCGGAGUCCUUCGAAAUUCCUCAUACUAGGAUGGCCACGAUGUUCAACGGAUUUUUGCAUACCCGUUACUUGACGAUCUCAGCACCCGAGGAAUAUUUUCGCGACUUAUUCUCCUUGAAGGCUCCUCUAUGGCCCUCAUUGGAGAGGUUAUCCAUCGAAGUGCAGAAUCCAUCCGAGUGCAAAUUGACUGUGGACGAUUACAACACACCCGAUAUCACAACCUUCACAAAUUCCCCCAAACUUCGAGAGGUGCGCCUCGUUUCAGAGGCUAAGCAAAACAGCACACCCUUUAUCCCUCGAGUGUCUCUCCCAUGUAGCCACUUGACGCGACUGAUACUUCGUGAUGGAUCGGAUAAGUUCUGGCCUGACCUAAGUAUCAGGAUUGUUUUCCGUAGCUGUGCGCCAACUCUGGAGUACUGCGAGAUACGGUCGUACGGCUUUCUUGAUGACUUUUAUGACUCCGAUUCUGAGUCAAAUGAUGAAAAGGAGCAGCUUGUCACAUUUCCGCACCUGAUCGACUUGUUCCUGGAUUUUGGCACUGGCAAACACCACAGGACUUACAAUACGAUGUCGUGUGUCAUGCUGUGGAAUGUAGCAUUUCCUGCACUCAAGAACUUCAGGCUAUGGACGACUGUUCCUCCGAUUAUUUACCCCAACGUAGAAAUGAAUGUCGGAGCAGACAAAUCCCUCGAUGAAACGAUGAAAAUUCUCCAGCAACGCUCGAAGUUCAAACUACAGAAAUUCCAACUCUUCUUUGCCGGCUGGCAUGCGCCUGGUAUUGCUUCCUUCCUUGAACUAGUUCCCAGUCUUGAAGUUCUGGAUCUCCGUGGGACGUACUAUGGUUGGACUGAUACCGUCAGAUCCAUUUCUACCAGAGAUGAUUAUCUCCCCAACCUUCGUUGUGUUCGCGUCAAUGACCGGACGUCGUUUUCUCCAGGAUGGGAAGAAAUGGAGCCUAGCUACGGAGAGCACGCAACCUUGAUUCGAGACAUGAUUUCAAGACGCUGUAUACCUGUCGGAAAAUUAGAAACCGUGGUGUUCAACAUCCGCCGUCCAUCGCCCAACAACUUCUCAGAUGGAAAUGGACCUAUGCCACGUAACUUUAAGCGUGUGAUACGUGAGAUAGAAAAAUCACGUACCUCAAUGCCUUCCGAAGUUCGAAUUCACCUCGAAAAGUUUCCUCUGGGACAAUAUACCGAUUUUUCGUGGUCUAUGCCGGGAUUCCCUCCGUCUUGGUAUGAACAACAAGAAGAUGGGGAAAAGACAGGUCAAGAUAUAGCUGAUUCGGAUGAAGAUUCGGAGAUGGAACCGGCUGAGAUUCCAGAUCUUGAGUUCAUCCCUAUGGAAGUUGAUGAUAAUUAUUGAAAGUUGUAUGCAAUGAUUUGCCAUGUUGAAGGGACUAAAAUAUCUUGUUUGGAACGGACUGUGUCAUUUUUGCCAGUGGUGUCUUGUAUAAACUCACGCACCUACAUAGUACUUCUCAAUCUCAACUGAUUGCUACGCUUUGACCCGUGUUACUCCCCCUCCGACCUCAAAGACUCGGACUGUGUUGCCAUUUCACCGUGUGUGUGCGCCGAAUAAUCAGGGACGUUGGGGCUUGAAACCAAGAAAACCUGCGGGAGGUCGAAAAUUUGUGUUUCUGUCGCUGGAAACAUUCCGGAAUAACGUAGAGUCGUUCAGUUGUCGCUUGUUGU